AUGCCUUUCGAAAGCCAGCAGGAAGAGCAACAGCAGCAGCAGGAACAACAGCAGAUGGUGGCCGGGCCAGGGCCCGAGAAGAUCCCGCAGGAGGAGGAAGCUGCCAAGAAGCAGAAGAAGCAGGAGGUGAUGGUGAGAUUCUUUAAAGCUGAAGAUAGAUACAAAGAAAGCUUAGUGGAAUUAGAAGAGGCCAUCGAGGCACGGAAUGAGGCCAUUGAGGCCAUGAACCGGCAAGAGGAGGUAAUGGCCCCGGUGGAUGAGGCGCUCCGGGGGCUUGAAGAGGACAUUGCGGCGAUAAGGGCAGAGUUCUGGGAGCUCACUUACGGAUAUAGUGAUGUUUAA